AUGGCGGGCAUUUCGAGUGGACAAAUACUUCGCAUUAAAGAGUUGAUUCACCUGGGAGCAAGUUUGGAUGGUAAAUCUGUGAGGACAUGGGGAAGGUAAUUUUAGCAGAGUCUCUAUUCUUAUUCCUUUGAUUUCCGUUCCUAAAAACAAGGAGUAUGAAAAUGCAAAUCUGCCGUGCUUGCUUCAUGUUCGUUUCCACUGCUACAGUAAAGUUUUCGUACACAAAUUUUGGUCUUAUAAAUUUCUAUCGAAACUUUUCCGGCAAAUAGUUUUUGGAAAUGCAUUUGAAUUUCCUCCUUAAGUUUCUGUUUGUAAACAGAGUUAGCAAAUUACAAAUAGCUGAAGUUUCCGUGAGGGAGACGAACGGCUGGAAGUGGGAGGGAGGGGUGGGUAUUUAGAACUCUUCCUUAUAUAUGGAUCUCAAUUAUUUGGACUUGUUAAGUGACAUAUUUCUGUAUUAACUUACAGGGCACUGACACAUAACAUCGCAAGAAGUCAACUAAAAGUGUGCGAUGAAGGCAUUGAACUGAUCAUCGAUACUUCAUUUGUGGAACCAACGGCUUUUAACAGAGGAUCUUUGUAUCAAUUUAUAGGAGAAAUUUAUGUCAGCGAAAACAUUAUUUUACGAGCAAGAAUUGCUACUUGUAUAGAUGGAAUGGACAUGAAUCUCUUUAAUCAAGCUUUAGAUAUCAGGAGGAAAUAUUUGCAGGAAGAUAUAGCAAGUGUCUCUUGAGAAUAUUACAAGCUUUUAUAAUCAAUUUUCAGCCAGCCGCCAAUUACAAAUACCUAUUGUUUCUUUGGCUUGGAAAUCUUGGUUGAUUAAAGAAGUGUUACUCCCAAAUAUUGUACUAAUUAAUACAUUUGGCAAAUCAGGGUUUAAUGUUUUUAAGCUUUUUCUAGUAUAUAAGCUUACAAAAAAUGUAUUGGACAAAAAAAAGAUUGAAUUGUCCAUCUUCUGUCCACUUUAGAACAUUGCAAAACAGGGAACAGUGUGGCAUGAAAAUAAAAUUAAGAGGUAAGAGGUCUCUCCACUUGAGCCUAACUCUUUAACUCUCAGAAGUGAUCAACAUGUAAGUUCUCUCUAUAUUAUCCAUACAUUAUCCAACAUAGAGGUAUUGAGAAUACUCAAACUUAUCAGGUAGAAGUAGUUGUCUUGAUCUAAGACCUAAUUCUUGUAACUAAGUUGAAAGGAAAUGUAAGGCAGAUAAAGGGGAGGAUUAGCAAACAGAUCUUGGGAGUUAAAGGGUUAAAGAAGACUACGACACUGAAAUGAAAUAUGAAAUAAAGGAAGGGUCUUUUCAGAAAGUUUUCAAGAAUUCCUGCUAAAAACCCUUGGAUAGAGUUUGCCUGAAAAAAUCUGAGAAGUGACUUAACAAAAAAAUGACAAUUAUUGAGCUUAACCCUUGAAUUUGCAGGAGUGACCAAGACAGAAUUUCUCCUUACGAUAUCAGAACAACUUAAAGUGGGCAAGUGAUGAGAAUAAAGAAAAAUAUCAAUUGUUGGAUCAUUUGUCAUCCAAUUCUAAAUUCUCCAAACCAACAUCAUCAUAAUUGUAUGGCAGACAGUAGCAAGAAUUACUAAUGAGAUAUAGAGACCGAAAGGAUUAAGUUGGUUUUAGGAAACAGUUUGUGUGAAUGCAUUUAUAUUUUCUAGUUUAGUUAUCUAAUAAUGUAAUGUGAUUUGUAAACCUUCUCAGUCUUUGUAUUUUGCUGGUUAAUGAUUUUCCAGAACUCCAUAUAAAAGUUUUGUUCGACAUAUUUCGCAUCUUCUAUAUCUUUUACAUCCAUAUAAAUUAUGAUAAUCAUAUUUUUUAUUGUUCCAUUUCUGUGAAAUGCCGAUAAUUCAAUUAUCAAAAUCUUUAUCGAACGCCAAAUGCUGCACGUCCCAGUCUCGAAGCCGAUUUUUUGUUGUCACGUAAUUUUCCUGCGUUGCGUGACGUAUCAAAAAUACAUCUGCGAGCAGGACUGCCUCCUUCGGAAUUGUUUUUGUGUAGCCAGGUGAUAAAUACAGACAAGAGAAUGGCGCGUGAACAGAAUUUAAACAGGAGAUACGGGAGAACAGCUACAGAGGAUUCAUCGAAUGACACCAGUGCUUUAAAACCAUACAUUUUGGUAGCAAUCGCGGCAAUUGCGUGUUACUUGAACUCCUUAUUCGGCGAGUUUGUUUAUGAUGACUUCGAAGUCAUCGAGACGAACGCAGAUGUUAGGUAAGAGUUUGCCUGCAAUUUUAAUCUCGUUGUUUAUCAAAAGUGAUAACUUUACCUUCCGAGAUAAAGGCACAUUUCUAACUGGGUAAAAAGUGGUUAAAGAAAAACCUAGCUUCUCGUGCGGGGAAAACUUUUGAUGGUGUUAAAAGCUGAACCGACAAAAAACAUAGCUUUGUAUCAUACGGCUUAAAUUAAUUUCGCCUCCAGGCGCACUUUCCCACCGUCUUAACUGAGCCAUUCUUUUCGAUAAUCCCACCGUGUUUACUAAACCAGAUUCUUUUGUGAUAAAGAGGAUUCAUUUAGUUGUAAAUUUUUUAUUAUGGAAUUAAUACUGCGCAGUCGAUUCAAGAAAACCAGGUUGAUAUCCUUCUGCCGGGUAUGUAAAAAGGGUUUCCUAACAAACAACUUUUGACACCAUUAAUUUGCGGUCACUCAAUAGUAUAACAUAAUAUCAGAUUGAGAGCGGAUUGACGAAAUUAGAAUUUUGGGAAAUGCAAGGUUUCCACAAGUAACAGCAAGUCUACAAACUUGACGAGAAACGACUGCUUGCCCAUGGCUUACGGAAUAAAAAUAUGUCUAUAUCUACUUAGCAUAAUUUAACUUUGAGUUAAAGACCGCAUGCAAAAUUAAUAAUAACAAAAUGAAAUGCAAAUUUUUGUCAUGUAAGAAAGGAAAUUAAUCAAAGUUCAUUUUUAGAAGAGAGUUUAGCAAGAAGUUCUGUGGUCGAAUUCAGCUUUUAGCUCACAGAAUAGAGCUGUGAAGUACUAAGCUCAGAUGAGCUGUUUCCGAGAUCAAACGGAUGGGAAAAUUUUGCCUUAAAUUGACUAAUCUGACAUUACAAAAAUAGAUUUCCGACACAAAGGUUUCUAAAUGACCUGUUAGGUCGAAUUUCUUGUUUAUCUUUCGGUAAGAGGCUUGAGGGUUCACUGAAAGUCACGAAACUGCGUAAAAAUGCGAAAAAAACAAAGCAAGUAAUUGAGAGGUCGGCAAAACACAGAAAUGACUUAAAUUUCACGAUAACUGACUUUUAGUCGUUGGCCAUCGUCUUUGUUAUUGAAAAGUGUCGUUUUUGGGGAGAAAUUUGGAAUACAAACACCUCGUAAACAUUGUCAUACUGACUUUCGAAAGCUGAUUCACAAAUUCAGUCAACAAACUUCCUCUUCAAAACCAUCUUUCAAGUGAAAUUUCCCCUAAGCUCUCUGCAAUUAUGAAAAACAAUAUUGCCUUUCAUGUCGUGUCAACGAGAAAAAAAUACCGGUGAGAUGUACUAAUUUAGCUGGAAGAUGUCAUUUUGACAUAUGCUUUCACCUUAAUUCUGACUGGAGUAAUUUUUUUCUUUGCAGGCCGUCGACGCCAAUUUCUAAUCUGUUUUUAAACGACUUUUGGGGCAUUCCGUUAAAAAGAAACGAUUCUCACAAAUCUUAUCGUCCUAUAACAGUUUUGACAUUCCGCUGGAAUUUCCUCGCUGGAGGCCUCAAUCCAAUAGGAUACCACUUCAUCAAUGUGGUUUUACAUAGCAUUGUGUCGGCGUUAUUUUUUCAUACAUGCAUUAGGAUUUCAAAAGGCAACGUUGGUUCUAAUACUAAAUCACUUCCUCUUCUUUGUGGUAUGCUCUUUGCUCUUCAUCCGAUACAUACAGAGGCUGUAGCUAAUGUCGUGGGUCGUGCAGAAAUCCUCUGUGCCUUGUUCUACCUCUUAGCCCUGUUGUCGUACAUAAAUUGUUUUCCUGAUGGGACCACAGAGGACAGCAGUAAAAGACCAGCUAAGUAUUCAAGGGUUUGGCUUGCUUCGUGCAUCUUCUGGUGUGUGUUGUCUCUCUUUAGCAAAGAACAAGGUAUCACAGUUUUAGAAGUUUGUAUUACUUACGAUUUGGUUUUUGUCUGCAAGUUUAAAGGGGAACAUUUACUCAAAAUAUUUUCUUCGCCUGCGGUUUUAUUAAGGUAAGAAUCGAAUCACAAUUUUGUAGGUUUUUAAUACCGAUGACUUCGUGUAUCAAUACGCAUCCUUCAAUCCAGUAAGAUAUAAAACGGAUUUCAUUUGCGACGUUUUUCUCGCACUUCUGGCAAUUUUCUUGUUUACUUUGCGAUCUCCUUGCCACUUGUGAUAUUUACCUUUCCUCUGAUUGGAUGUUAGUUGUUACAACAAUGAAACGAUAUGCGCUCCAAAAGACUGUACUUAUCAGGGUUAAUUUUCCUUUGCUUUCAGACAAUGGCCAAAGUGGGCCGUUCGAUUGGUCGAAAGAUUUUCCAUCCUCGGCUUGGCGUCUGUAAUUCUUCUGUACUUGAGAAUUGUGAUCAUCUCUGGAGGUUUUGUCCUUUCCUUCACUGAGUCCGACAAUCCCACAUUGUUUCAUCCUGACGUAUGGACUCGAUUUAGGACUUACUCUUAUUUGUGCGCGCUAAAUGCGCGACUUCUACUGUGUCCGAACAGCCUGUGUUAUGAUUGGUCCAUGGACAGCAUAUCCCGGAUUGAAUCAUGGUGGGACAUGCGCAAUAUUCAAACGCUAGUGUUCAGUGGUAUACUUGUUUGUUUGUGCUGUUAUGGUAAGAGAGAUUCAACAUGCGCUUCCUAGUGUUAUUGAAACGUGCAUUUCACUUUGUUUGAACAGAGUAUUUUUUAGGAAAGCUAAAUCUGUUUCGCUUCAUUUUGACAGUUCUUUUUCUUUUGCAAAAUAACACGGAUAAAAUGUCUUCAAAUAUAAUUUAAGAGCUCUAGAUUGAUUGAGUUAUUUCCCAGUGUUGAUUUAUAGUUAAGAUACAAAGAGAGAAAGUUUUUCUUCGCUCUUGACACAAUAAGUUUUAUUUUCCGUGUUCUCUUGCAGGUCUUCAGUCUUCAACUAUACCGUCUUCUAUACCGUCUUCAACUAUAUCGUCUUCAACUAUACCGUCAACUCUACCUAGAAAGUCUAAGAAAAGUUCUUCAAAGCCACUAGAUUCUAAUGAAAAUGAUAUUCAUUUAAGAGAUGAUUUUAGGAAUGCAGAGUCUCAGCAUUGUGGACCAAAAAUGGUGAGUAGAAAUUGUCAGAAAGUAUUGUCGGCUUUAAAAAAGUGCGGGAAAAUUUAAUCUCGAGGCCGCUUGCGCACGUGCGUGUCUCCUGAUUGGUCAGUUUAAUCAGAAGUCAACUGGAUCCCUUUGUUUGUUUUGAUUUUUUGCAGGAUGAGUGCGAGUCUCCACAAAGAAGACGAGUUGUGAUGUUUUCUUUGGCUUUAUUGAUCAUACCAUUUCUACCAGCUUCCAAUCUCUUCUUGCCCGUUGGGUUUGUUGUCGCCGAGAGAAUUCUUUACAUUCCCAGUAUGGGACUCUGCAUUUUGGUUCCAUUUGGAAUCUCAAUCUUGUUUGGAACUCAAACUAAGGUGGAAGAGGAUUCCUCAACACAUGAGGUGAGCCCUGAUUCUAUUCAGAACAAGUUCUGUUCCCAAGGAGGGCCUUGGCAACGAGAUCGAUUCCGUGUUUGCAAUCAGUUCGCGCAGCAAAUCAGUUUGAAGGGGACAGCCACUAACUUAGAGCUCAAAUUGCUUAAGAUCUCUAGGUACUUUUCUGCUAGAAAAAAAUGGAAUCUCGACGUUUUCUUUUUAACCCACGAUUUUUGUUACACUGCGGUAAAAAUACAGUUAAUACCACAGUAUUCUUACCUUUCCGUUUUUAGAACUCUGAUAAGAUGUUAGUGCAAAAAACUUCACGUACAAGUUGGAGUUUUGGUCUUUCUACCACUGGUAUGGUUUUAGUUCACAGCCUUCUGUUGUUGUUCGCUGCAAAGACAGUACACCGCAAUUCAGAAUGGCUGAACAAGGAAGCGCUGGCCCGAUCUGGACUGAAAGUGAACCCCACUAACGCCAAGAUUCACGUUAUGCUUGGAAAUGUUCUUGCAAAGAAGGUUUGUAUGGAGAUUUAGUGUUUUGUUUUGGUGGAUUGUUAUUGCAAACUUACGGAAUGGUUUUUGCUAUUUACUUAAUGUAGUUUCUACAAAAUUUGCCAGAUUAAAUCUCCCCCCCCUUGUGCUUGUUUGUCUCCUACUGUAGAAAGACCUGAAUUUCUCUGAUAUGAAUUUUGGCUUUUAUAAUGGAUUAUUUUUCCAUCAGGGUCUUUUGGCAUGUGAAAAACAUUACCGUGAGGCCUUGCGUCUGAGACCACAUUACGUUGCAGCCUGGGAGAACCUGGGUCUAGUGCUCCUGAACACAGGUAAGGUGGUAAAACCAAAGCCAAUGUUAUCUCAAUGACCAAUCAGAAACAAGUGAAUAUCACGUAGAGCCCGAAGGGCGGGAAAACGCGCUCAACCAAGUCGUUACUGGUAUGGAUUUGUAAUUGAUUGGUUGAGGUGGUGGUACAAGUUUUCUGGGCCAAUCACAGAGCGAAAAAAAGGAAAAUCAGGGCGAUGAUAGAUUGCUUUCGACACUCAAUUAAAAUUUUUUUUAUAAAAGUUCCUAGCGUGUAAUAUCUUGAACCAGUUCAUGGACAUACAACCUACGUUUCCUCUCAAGUCUCAUAUCUUGGCACAGAUAGAGCACAAGAAGCUGAGAAAUGCUACCUUAAAGCGCUGUCAAUCAAACCAAACAGUGCAGACGGCAACAUUAACCUGGCGCACUUGUUUAGAGUGACCAGCAGAUGGAAAGAAGCGGAUGCACAGUAUGAGAAGGCGCUAUCCCUCAGACCCAACAACCCACAACUGCAUUACUUUCAUGGAGUCGUUUUGGAGAAGCUUGGAAAACGAAAGGUAGGAAGAUGGUGGAAAAUUAACCUCUGCUAAGCUGCAGCAGGAUUUUGCGGAGAACCCUGGUUUUCAAAGCAAAAUUCUUCAUUGCCUGCGUCCCAUACUUCAACCUUUGAAUCCAAUCACGUGAUCACUCAGAAAUUUCUUUCUUUCUUGAGUCCAGAAAGCAGAAGAGAAAUAUAUAAAGACAACAAAAUUAAUACCUUCAGACCCAAUACCUUUCUUCUCGCUUGGGAAGAUGCUCUUGUGGCCGCUUUUGAGGAAAAAGGGAAAAAAUGGAACCGAAAAAGUAAUCAAAAAGGUGAGGAAAUUGUUUGUCGGUCGUUUGUAUUUCAAGUAAUGGUCUUUUAGCCGCGAUGUGACAACCUACUGUAAAUGUGAAGGAAAUGAAAAAUGGUAGUUUUGCAAUAUAGGAAAACAACAAAAUGGUAAGAAAAAACCGAUCAGAAACAAGGAUGUUUUAAGGAAGAGGAAGAUUGACACGGAUUGUAAAUGACAAGUGAAUAAUUUGAGCAGUUUUAUUUGAUGCGUGAAAUUAUGUGUUUUCUUUAGGGGGAAGAGUACCUGAGGAAAGGAUUAGCAUUGGAUCCACUGGACAUCAACAGCCGUCUUCUGCUCGUUCAAGUUCAGCUUAUGAAGGUGAACCGAGGCAUGCUCUGUUGUUCUUCUCUUGCAACGUUAUCACAUUGUGAAAAUACCCUUAUCAAAUUAUUCUUUUGUUUUAUAAACGUAUCUUUUAUUACUGGGAGAAGCGGCGACGGACUUGGUAAGUUACCGCACACCUAAUCGAGAGGUCUGGGUUCGAGCCAUGGCUUGGUCUCUAAUGACAUUGUGAUGUGUUCUUGGGCAAGACAUUUACUCUCUCACAGUACCUCUCUUCACCUAGUAUCACCCAGGCCCAGGCUUAGAGCUGGUGUCCCAUCCAGGAAUAAUUACAUCACUUAUAAUUUUUCAUGUUAAGGAAAAAGAAAUUAACUCUAACAUGCGGUGACAGAACAAGAGUUAGCCUAAUAUAGCAACACGCGCUACGAGGCGAAUGAAAUUGUAGUCAGUUAUCGAUGUAUGCAAGGGAAACUAAGACUUGAAAUACUCGAAACUGAUAUAUUUUGUGAUGCCAUCUUAUUUAUCUCAGUGUUGUAGCUAAAUCUUCAUUACUGUUGUUGUAAAAAUUGUUGUUGUUUUGUUGUGUAGAAUGGAGUGUACUCUUUCUGACUAAACAAUCUCUGUUACCUGACAGGGCGAACUCGAUUCCGCUGAAAAAGAAGUCCGUUUUGUUCUCGCUCAUGAUGAGUACAACAUCAACGCCGAGUACAUCUUAGGAGGAAUUCUAGAGCUCAAAGGUUUACUCAAACAAGCCAGACAUUAUUUUCUUGAUGUUCUAAAAAAAGAUAAUUUACACAAAGGAGCAAUCACAGCGCUACAACGUAUAGCUAAAAAGGUUAAAUAG